AUGAAGAAGGAGAUUAAGAAGCGGAGGCCACGAGAUAUAACUCGUGUUGGAUGCCCUGCAAAAUUAUUAAUUGCACUAGACCGGAACACCGGGCAGUGGUACGUGAAGAAUUUCAUCGAUGAGCACAACCAUCUGCUGGCUCCAACCGACCUUGGAUGCCUGCUGCGUUCACAUCGAAAAAUCAGUGUUGCGCAGAAAGCUGAAAUUGUGGAGCUGGGGGUUGCUGGGAUCCGCAAACACCAGAUUUUUAAAAUUAUGGAAAUGCAGUAUGGUGGAUAUGACAAGGUUGGCUAUACAUCAAGGGACUUGUAUAAUUUCUGCCAUCUCUAUAAGCAGGAGAUAAUUGCUGAUGGUGAUACUCAAACAGUCAUCAGUCACCUGAAGGGACAUCAAAACAGAGAUUCUGAGUUCUUUUUCAAGUACAUGACUGAUGGGAAAGGACACGUGCAGGGAAUGUUCUGGUGUGAUACUCAAUGUAUGCUUGAUUAUGCAGCAUUUGGUGAUGUCAUUGUAUUUGACAGCACCUACAAAACAAAUCGGUACAACCUGCCCCUUGUGCCUUUUGUUGGGGUGAAUCACCACUACUGCACAGUUAUUUUCGGAUGUGGAAUUAUUUUUCAUGAGAAUACUGAGUCAUAUGUGUGGCUACUGAAAAUAUUUACCGAAGCUAAUGCUCAAAAGCAUCCUAUUUCCGUGAUCACUGAUGGAGACCUUGCUAUGCAAAGAGCAAUCAGUGUGGUGUGGCCGAAUUCACCGUAUAGGCUAUGCGGAUGGCACAUUGAGUUGAAUCUAGUGCGCAAUGUUCACAAUGAUACACUGAAGGGAUUGAGGAGCAACCAACAGAGUGAGAGCAUGAACUCUAGGCUUCAGAUGAAUCUGGAUGGUAAAAUGACCCUGUUAGAAAUGGUACAAUGCUAUGAGACCUGCUUUACAAAGGUGCGCAGAAAUGAGGUGGAUGACGACGCUAAAGCACUGCAAUCUGCACCAUUCACAGAACCUGAUGCUUCAGUUCUUGAGAUAAACGCAAAGGAAAGGUUCACACCAAAUGUUUUUAAGGCAAAGGUCCAGUUCAGCGUGGAAGCAGCCAAGAAGUGUUCUCUGAUUGAGAUUCUAGAUGGCGAUGAUACAACUGAGUAUAUUGUUGGAAGGAGAGAUAGAGACAUCAUGUACUAUGUGAAAUGUGAAUUAACCGAAGAGGCCAAUCUGAAGAGAAUUUUCUGUUCUUGUCAUAAGUUGCAAUCCCUUGGAACCCCAUGCUCACACAUCUUCUUUGUAUUGGGCCUCCGGGACGAGAGCAAGCUUCCAGAUUGCUGGUGGACUAUGGGGGCGAAGCGUGCAUUUCCGACGAUAAGGAAGAGCACCAUGUAUGACUAUUCCCCUACUCUACUAAGGUUCCGUGAGCUACACAAUCUCAGUCUUGCUGCAGCCUUCGUAGCAUCUCGUUCACCCAAAGCAUAUGAGCGGACCAAACGUGUCCUUGAAUAA